ACUUCUGGUGUUAGCAUCCAACAAAGUGAAUGGUAUCGGAACAAGAAAACACCACUCGGACACACCAACUAGGUGCCCUGAUCUCAAGCACGUCUAGACAAGUAUUACGAUGGGUUCACUGGGAAGACAAGGGUGUACACACUGAGAGAGAACACUGUGGGCUACAAGCUGUGGCCAACCCCCGACAAUGGCUGUACUGGCCACAGGAUUGCAGGGGAGGCAAAGAGAAA